AUGAGUAAUUUCCGAUUUUUGCUUAACGGCAUAAUAAAGAGCAGCCACGCAAACGAUAAGGGCGACUGUUUCGGAAGAGAUGAAGGGCUUUCGUGUGAGACCCUGAAACAAAGACCCAUAUUCAACGUAUUGUAUGGAAGCACAUAA